CAGAGUCGAUCACCCUACACGGUUUCUGGGCCCUUCAAACUACGAUAACUGUGCACUCCAAAGCUCAACGAAGGGGAUAAAUAUGGCCACGACCGAUAUUGUGUCAGACCCCUUUUUGCGCUCCGUCUUGGAUGUUUCGACGCACACUCGAGAACAAUGCAUGCGUCUACUUGAUCUCGCAGAUGCCAAUCCCACGCCCGCCGAUGCUGAAACCGCUUCCACCGAUGUCCACUUGCAGCUUUCACAGCAGCAAAAGGUGCUAUACUCCCAUUUAGCACAACUGAGAGGUCUCAAUCGCAAUGCGAUCCUAGGCGUUCGGCAAACCAAGCAAGCAACAGCAGAAGCAAGACAAGAGAUUGACAAGCUCCAUCUGCAAUUGCAAAACCUAUACUACGAACAAAACCACUUGCGUGGAGAGAUCCAUGCUUGCGAAUCAUACGAUCACAAGUAUCGCCAAUUGCCUCUUAUUCCGGCAGAAGAAUUUCUCCAGGAUCAUCCCGAACAUGCAAACGAUGACGAGAGCGCUUUGAUGAUUGCACGCAUCAACCAUGAAUACGCUGAACGGCAAGCUCUUGAACAAGCCCGCCAAGCUUUGCUGAAAAAGAAGCAAGGUCUGAUCGCAGAUAACAAGAAACGCAAGGACAACCUUGCAAAUCUGGAUAACGACCUUGAGAAAUUCAUUGAUGCUGCCAAACCCAUACAAAAGACAUUCGAAAAAGAGUACUAGACAUGGUUUUCAGACACACUUUGUUUCCACAUUUCAUGGCAUACCCAUAUUAAAGCGCGGCGUUCGGUGCCUUUGGUUCAAAUUCAUUAAGAAAUACAUUGGAGAAAACUGGGACUUUUACCUAGAAAUUCGCGGCAAAUACGUUACUUCAGGAAAGAUAUGUUGAAAACCAAUCAACGCCUUGCUGCAACGCCUCGUCCAUGGCCUUUUUA